CUCCGGCGACAUCAGCCUCCCGAUCCAUCCAUCGCCUUCCGCCUCCGUUUCUUGAGCAGCAGCAAGAGGUGGUGGUAUACAUGGAGGCAGCCAAGCUGAAGAUGGGACUAGGCAUGGACACCGCCGUCUCCCUCUCGCCUCUGCGUCACCCAUCAUCGUCGUCGGCAUGCAAGCUGGGCAUGGUUAGCAUUAGUCGCUCCACUGCAGCAAAUCCGCUGCUGCUCAAGCAGAGGAGCUGUAACAAUUCAACCCGGCCUAGCAGAUGGUCUCGUCUUCGCUCCUCCUCUGCUUCUAGCAGUGCCACGACCACGACGCCGCCGGCCCAGCAGCAGAAAGAGAAAGAGAAAGAGGAUGACCUCGUCUUCGUCGCCGGUGCCACCGGAAGAGUUGGCUCCCGAGCCGUAAGGGAGCUCAUCAAGCUUGGCUUCCGUGUCCGCGCUGCCGUCAGGAACGCCGAGAGGGCGUCGUCCCUUGUGCAGAGCGUCCAGCAACUGAAACUAGACGACGACGCAACUGCAACUUCACCCGCAGAGAAGCUUGAGAUUGUGGAGUGUGACCUGGAGGAGCAGCCACAACAAGGCAUCGUUUCAGCCAUAGGCAAUGCUGCAUUGGUGGUGUGCUCCAUUGGUGCAAGUGAGAAGGAGAUCUUUGAUGUGACAGGACCGUACCGAAUCGACUACAUGGCCAGCAACAACCUUGUACAAGCCGCAACUGCUGCAAAUGUUGAGCAUUUCAUCCUGGUUACAUCCCUGGGCACAAACAAGAUCGGCUUCCCUGCUUUCCUCUUGAACUUAUUUUGGGGGGUUCUGUGCUGGAAGAGACGAGCUGAAGAAGCACUGAUCGCCAGUGGCAUUCCCUACACGAUAAUAAGGCCCGGAGGAAUGGAGAGGCCAACGGAUGCUUUCAAGGAGACGCACAACCUGGUCGUGGCGGCGGAGGAUACCUACGUGGGUGGCCUGGUCUCCAACCUGCAGGUGGCCGAGCUGAUCGGAUGCAUGGCCAAGAACAGGAAGGCGGCCUACUGCAAGGUGGUGGAAGUGGUCGCCGAGACAACCGCGCCGCUGCUGCCCAUGGAACAGCUCCUCUCCACCAUUCCUUCCAAGAAGCAGGAACCCCCCGCUGAGGAGGUGGUGGACACAGCAGUAGAGUCAAAGCCAGAUCCUCCUGCAGCAUCGGCAACAGCGAAGACAGAGCGACCACUCUCACCCUACACGGCGUACGAGGGUUUGAAGCCACCAUCCUCCCCAUCCCCCAAACCGAGCAGGAGCAGCAGCAGCAGCGAUGAUGACGAGAAGCUCCAAGUAGAAGCUGCGCAUGUCGCCUCCUCACCAACCUCAAGCCGACCUCUCUCCCCUUACACCGCAUUCGUGGAUUUGAAGCCUCCGAGCUCGCCUUCUCCUUCGUCUUCUACGGUCACAGUCACAGGCACCAAUACCCCUGCUACUUCAUCGGUACUAUUGGACUCCAAUGCCAACGGCACCCCCAUCAACAGCAGCAGCAAUACGGCAAGCCCAUCGGAUCAACUGCAGGGGGAGAAGAAGCAGCAACAACAGCCACUUUCACCGUACACAAGCUACGAGGAGCUGAAGCCUCCAAGCUCACCAACCCCAUCGGCGCCCAAACUAUAGAGUUCAAGCUCCUGUUCUCCAUCGAUCGUUUGCGCCCAAACUAUGUAUGCUAUGCAUCUGAGUGUAAUUAACCAUGCGUGUACAUGGCAGCGAUUGCACGGCCGUAAUUUUUUUAGAUAAUAGGAGUUUUAUUUCAUCUAAGAAAAAAAUUGUCCCGGCCUACAUCAUAAGAUGUAUUCGGCCUCUUUUUUUUUUAAGAAAGGAGGCAGGAGCUCUGCCUUGUUAUUAGAGAAGGAGUAAAAAGGAUUAUAAAAGAAAAACCAAAAAACCAGGUUCAACAGGA